AUGGGCAGGCACCUGCUGCUGCCUGGUCUGCUCCUGUUCCUUCCUUUGAUCGGAGGCUGGAUGAUUUCUAACUGCCUGUUGAUUGAAGACUGGCUGCCUCGGGUUUCUCGCUUCCUAACCUGCCCAGUUGACUCCAGAUGGCAUUUUCUUAUCAGCUGCUUUCAGGUGAACAAUGUUACCCAGGCCUUGGAGGUUGUGCCGCGCCAUGUCCAGGGGCUCUGUCUCUCUGGUUCUGCCUCACUGGUUCUGCCCCAGGAUGCUUUUGCCAACUUUCCAGGGCUCAAGGCCCUGGGGCUGAGUUUCCAUCUCCCACAGCCCCUACCAGGAGCUUUCCGGGGUCUCGCACAGCUGCAGCAACUCUCUUUCAAGGCUGCCAAGAGUGAUAAGCUGUUCUUCCUACCCUCUGAUGCCUUUAGUGACCUCAGAACCCUCCAAAACCUUUCCUUCUCAGGACUCUGCCUGGCCAAAAAUGUGAGUGUACAGUUGCCUCCGAAGCUACGGCAGCUGUCUGUCACCCUGAGCUGCCUUCAGGAUGUGGGGGAGCUGGCUUACAUCUUCCCAGAUCUGAUACGUGGUGCUUCCUCUGGCAAUGCCCGGACCCUGGACAUGUUGGAUCUAUCACUCAAUAGGAAGCUGAAGAAUAUCAGUUCUGGGUCUCUCCAGGGCCUGAGCCUGGGGACCCUGCGUCUGGAGCAUACACAGAUCGAAGCAGCUGCAGUAAUGGGACUGGGGCUGCAGAGGCUGGACACGCUGGUUGUGACACACACACGCACGCUGGCACUGCCAGCAGAUGUAGUUGCCCACCUGGAGCUGCAGCACUUGCAUUUGGGGAUCAAUCAGAUAAAGUCCAUUGCACCCAAGGCCCUAGCUUCCUGCCACAGCCUCAAGAGCUUGUAUCUUCAGAGCACUGGACUGACUGAGCUGCCGCCAGGGUUCCUGGCUGCCAUGCCCAGGCUGCAAAGACUUAACCUGGCUUAUAAUCAGCUGCAGAGUGUCCUGCUGUGUGCAGAUGGGACAGGGGCUAUGUCAGAGCUAUGGGCCCUGGACGUGUCCAGUAAUGGGCUGCACACCCUGCCUCCAGCCACUUUCUCCUGCCUGCCACAGCUACGAGAAUUGAAACUUCAGGGAAACCAGUUGACUUACCUAGAUGGACAGGUAUUCCAGGGCCUCCCGAGGCUAACAACCUUGGACCUGGAAAAGAAUCCUUUGGUAUCUCUAGGGGAGGGCUGGCUGGCCCCUCUGCCUGCACUGACCUCCCUAAACCUGCUAAACACCCAUGUGGUGCUGAGCUCAGCCAGGGACUUACAGGGUCCAGAGAAUCUGCGUGACUUGAGACUGCAGCUCCCCUCUGGCCCUUCUGGGAAAGCACUGUCCCUGCUCACGACGCUGACCAGCUUGGAGCUCCGUGUGGUCCAGAGCAGGAAGCCCUGGGUGCUGGCUUCUCCUUUUCCGGUCUUGCAAACCCUGACUUUAGAAGCCUGGGGCUUGCAGUUGGGGUCCCAGAACAUCUCUGAGCUGUUCCCUGCUCUUCGCCAGCUCUCUCUGAAGAGCCAUGUCUUGGAGGCCCUUUGCUCCCAGGGUCUUUCUCAUGUCUUCCUCUGGCAGCUCCACAGGCUGCAGUACCUGAAGGUCCAGGGACCAAUGCACAACUUCAGACCCUGCCGCAUCACAGGGCUGCCUGGUCUCCAGGAGCUCCAGCUGCAGUUGCUGCAGUCCAACCUCUGGCCUCACCCCCUGCAGCUGGAGGAGCUGGUCGGGGACCUGCCCCAGUUGCAGGUACUGAUGCUGGCCAACACGGGGCUGAAGUCUCUGUCGGCUGCUGCAUUCCAGGGCCUCAGCAGUCUCAAGGUCUUAGUGUUGGAUGGGGAGACACACUUGGUGCUGGACGACAGCCUACAGGAACACAGUCUUCAGAUGCCCCAGUACUUGUACAUCACAGUUUCGACCUUGGCCUGCAGUUGUGCCAAUGCCUGGGUGGAACCCUGGCUUAAGCAGUCCCCUAAAACCUACGUUUAUCUCUACUACUACUACAACCACGUAUGCCCAUUGGAAACUGGUGGCCAGUCCAAAAGCCUUCUCUUCCCCUUUCUUCAGGGCCACUGCCCCCAGACCUUCGGGCUGGGGCUCUUUGUGGGCUGCUCCUUGCUGCUGCUCCUGUUGAUCGCCUUACCCCUCCUUCAGGAAGCCAGGAACUCUUGGGUGCUUUAUCUCCAGGCCUGGCUCAGGGCUUGGUUCCAGGGGCUGUGCGGUCAGAGGGGUGAAGGCAGGCGAUUCCUCUACGACGUGUUUGUGUCCUACUGUGAGGAAGAUCAGGGCUGGGUGGUGCAGGAGCUGCUACCAGCUCUGGAGGGCUGUCCUCCCAUUGGCCGGGGACUGCGCCUCUGCCUCCCUGAACGGGACUUUGAGCCAGGCAAGGAUGUGGCUGACAACAUUGCCGACAGCAUGGCGGGGAGCCAGGUUACCCUCUGUGUAAUGAGUCACCAGGCCCUGUACACACCCCGCUGCCGCCUGGAACUCCGCCUGGCCACCUCCCUUGUGUUGGCAGCCCCCCACCCCCCAGUGUUGCUGCUGGUCUUCCUGGAACGCAUUUCCCGCCACCAGCUGCCGCCGUACCACAGACUGGCUUGGCUGCUCCGCCGGGGAGACUACUGCUUGUGGCUCCAGGAAGAGGAAGGAAAGAAGCGUUUUUGGGACUGGUUGGGGAGCAGGCUCAGCAGUCUGGGUUAGGGUAGGGUGGGUGCAUCAGGUGUGUUGCAGAAUUAGGACAAGCAAGCCAGCCUGGCAGCUAGAUCAUGGGCAUGUGCCUAAGAAGAUCUUCAAAAGGGCAGGGGGACCCCCAUUGCCAUCUGGGUGAUGGAGAGACUGGCAGCCAAGCACGACAAAGCUGGGAUGUUGCCCAGGAGGCAGCCACCUGCCUGUUCCUCCUGGGAACC